GAGAGUGUAUUUCCGCCAACACCAAGAAAAGAUUUUAUACAUAAAUGUAGAAAGUACGAUGUAUGUCGAUGAAAUAUAGCACAUACUGUGUACCCAUUUUAUCAGACGCAUGCGCACUAGGAGAGACUCGACCUGGAUUGAUUCAGAACACCCUGUAUCGGGUAUUUUAAUUCAUAGAUGACUGUGGUAUGUAGCGCUCGUUGAUCUACACUAUAUUUUGGACUUCGGAUGUAGAAUUCAAGUUCAUUUAUGUCAUAUGUAUAUGGGAUCGGACACGGAUUCAGGAUAAUCGAACUGUCAACCACACGUAGUCUCGGGAUGAUCAUUUAACGGGUCUCUGUUCAGAGGCGUGGGAUUUCAAAUUCAGAUUCAGAAAGUGCAACAAAAGAUUGGAUCAUGCGAUACCGGUGGAAAUCCGCUCUGUGUCGGUGGAAAUUGGUGGCUACAUGCCUAUCCCCGAUAUUUGUAGUGUUCUUCUUUACUUUACUUUUACACCAACCGUCAGACGGCCAGAUAUCUGUUCAACAGAGAAGAGCCCCGGAAAAACCUACACUACUCACAAACUACACAAAAAAUCCUUACAACAUAUCCCAUCCGUAUGAUGUCAACUUUGAGGAGUUACUUGUGAUGAAAGACAGCGGACAGGAGAUUCCAUUAGUACCUUUAAAUUCGCACCCGUAUAAAUAUAUUUUGAAUCCAUCCAAUGUUUGUAACGACCCCCCUCCCCAAAAUGGGUCAAUAUUUGUACUAAUACUCAUCAAAAGUGCGCCAGAUAACUUCCAUUUAAGGCAGACUCUUCGAAUGUCAAUGGAGAAGAACCCGAUUGAGCAGGGCUAUGUUCGAAUCGUUUUCUUGAUGGGAACGUCAAAGAAAGAACAUAAUAAGAACAUUUUGAUAGAAAAUGCAUUAUAUGGAGACAUUGUGCAGCAAAACUUUGUGGAUUCUUAUAAAAAUCUGACCAUUAAAACCGUCAUGGGAUAUAACUGGGCAGUGGAGUAUUGCUCGAAUGCUACUCACAUACUUUACAAAGAUGAUGAUUUCCAUUUUAACGUGAAAAAUCUACUGAAAUUUCUGUCAAAUCACGAACAUCCGCAGUCGUUACUGGUGGGGUACAGAGUAGAAAAGGCCCCCGUGAUGCGUCAUCAGGCUAGUCCACAUUUUGUGAAGAAAGAAGAUUAUUCAAAUAAUAAAUAUCCGCCAUAUUUAGCUGGAGGUGCCUACGUGGUUAGUAUGGACGUCGCCAAGAGGUUUGUUGUGGCAUUCCCUUAUGUCAAGUACAUUGCAGUGGACGAUUCUUAUCUUGGAAUCGUCGCAAUGAAGCUAAAUGUUCUUCCGCAGAUGAACGAUAGUUUGUUUUCUUUCAAGGACUGCAAAGAUUUAGACUCCAAAGUGAUUGCCUGUAGGGGAUAUACGUCUCAUAAAGAGGUGUUUUCGGCGUGGAAAAUGUACGUGAAGCGAGUUUUAUCCAAAUUUUACAUCUGAUUCCUUAGGAAGGACGCAUUGUUUUGUGUUCAAUAUUUGGUAGCUUUCCGUGAAAAUCAAAAUGUUUACGUCAUUGUGUUACUUUCAAACCUCUCAUGCCAAGGUCUGACUGUUUCUCUUCCUGAGAAUUGUCACAGGAUGUGUUCUUAAAUGGUAUACAUGUACAUGUACAUUCAUUUUGAAUCAAAUGCCGAAACUGAUCUAUUUUGAAAAAAAAAUUCAAAUAAAUGGUCAAUAAAACUUUAGCACUGUAUACAUA